UGCCUCGCACCCAGUGGGGUGCCCCGGGCUCGGUCCCUAGCGCCUCAGUCCCCGGUAGGGCUUGGGGUGGGGGUGGGGGACGAGAUCCGGCCUCUUCGUGACUGUACCGAGGGCCAGCGCUAGCCUGACUUGCUGCAAGGCAGCUUCCCUGUCGGGCCGCAGCUCAGCGGCAGAGCAUCUGCUUUGCAUGCAGGAGGACCCAGGUUCGGGGCCCAGCGCCUGCGGGUAUUCACAGCUUGAGCAAAAGGUGUGAAGUAUUUCAGUACAAAUGACUGUCUACAAGUCCAUCAUAUAAUCAAUGUUACAGUGAAAUUUAAUUUGACAGAUUAUCUGGACGGAUUUUAUUUUUCAUAUAAAAGUUAUCUAUCACCAAGAGCAACAUGCAUUAGAGGAAAGUAACCUGCUGGUGCAGAAGAAAAAUUACAAUGAAUAGUGAAGAAGAAUUCUAUGAUGCCGUCACAGGCUUUGAUUCUGAUAAUUCUUCAGGGGAGUUUUCAGAAGCAAUUCAUAAAGUCGAUGUGGAUGCCCACCAAAGUAAUAGAACUGGAAGACACAAUGGCGAUGGACCAGUGCAAGAGAAUGGAAUCAAGAAACACAGAACAUCAUUACCUGCACCAAUGUUCACUAGGAGUGAUUUCAGUAUCUGGAGUAUCUUAAAAAAAUGCAUUGGACUGGAGCUGUCUAAGAUAACCAUGCCCAUUGCCUUCAAUGAACCCCUGAGCUUCCUCCAGCGGAUAACAGAAUAUAUGGAACAUACAUACCUCAUUAAUAAAGCAUGCAGUCAUUCAAACUCGGUAGAAAGAAUGCAGGCUGUUGCUGCUUUUGCAGUUUCUGCUGUAGCCUCUCAGUGGGAGAGAACUGGCAAACCCUUUAACCCUCUUCUUGGAGAAACAUACGAAUUAAUCAGGGAGGAUUUAGGAUUUAGGUUUAUUUCUGAACAGGUCAGUCAUCACCCACCUAUCAGUGCUUUUUAUUCAGAAGGCUUAAACCAAGACUUCAUUUUUCAUGGAUCAAUUUACCCUAAACUGAAGUUCUGGGGGAAGAGUGUAGAAGCAGAGCCACGGGGAACAAUAACAUUGGAACUCCUAAAACAUAAUGAAGCUUACACAUGGACUAAUCCUACUUGCUGUGUACAUAAUGUAAUUAUUGGCCAUCUCUGGAUAGAACAGUAUGGAACAGUAGAAAUUAUAAAUCACAGUACUGGAGAUAAAUGUAUCCUUAACUUUAAACCAUGCGGUCUGUUUGGGAAAGAGCUUCACAGAAUAGAGGGCUACAUUCAGGACAAAAAUAAGAAGAAACUUGCAGUGAUCUAUGGCAAAUGGACAGAAUGUUUGUGGUGUGUUGAUCCUUCCACUUACGAAAACUACAAGAAGAACGAGAGGAGAGGUGGUGACCAGAGGAAACCAAAGCCGAGUGAUGAUCCUGAUAAUGAUGAAGCAGAUGAUAUGCCAGAGAUCCAAGAGACUGUGCAAGUUGUACCUGGCAGUAAGCUACUUUGGAGGAUAAGCACUAGACCACCAAAUUCAUCCCAGAUGUACAAUUUCACCAAUUUUGCCGUCAGUCUCAACGAACUAGAAAAAGGCAUGGAAGAAGUGUUGGCUCCCACUGACUGUCGAUUGAGGCCAGACAUCAGACACAUGGAGAGUGGAGAAAUUGAUCUGGCUAGCAAAGAGAAAGAGAGACUAGAAGAGAAGCAGAGAGCUGCUCGUAAGGAACGUGCAAAAGAUGAAGCUGAAUGGAGAACAAGAUGGUUUUAUCAGGGCACCAAUCCAUACCUUGGGACUCCUGACUGGUUAUACUCAGGAGGGUACUUUGAUAGAAACUUCUUUGACUGUCCAGAUAUAUACUGAAAUCUUGAAUGCAGUUGCUCCUUUGCCCAGGUUCGGCAGACUUUACUCCAGUGACUCUGGCUCCGCCAUGACCAGAAACCAUCCUUUUUCUAAAGCUAAAUUUUAAUGAAAAUUAUCAGUCAUCAAUGAAGGAAUUGUCACAAUUUUGAUUGCCAAAAUGUCCCCCUAAAGCUGCAACCUGAAAUUAUCAUGUUUCAGAGGAAAGUGGUUUGCACGUUUUUGUUUGCUUCCCCCUUAUUUGUCAUUUUAUUUUUGGCCAGAACUAACGCAGUGUAGCCAGAGGGGAGGCAGUACUGACUCCCAACGUGUAACUUCUUAAAUAAAGAUGAUAGCCAAGGAAUUUCUUAAGUGUCAGCAGUAAGAGAUGCCUAUUAAGUAUUCUGAACUUGGAGCAACAAUGGUGAAUCGGUACGACAGAAAUAUGCUUGAGGCCAUUGGAAAGGUAUCUAAUGAGAAUCGGAGCAACUGGAAUUCUUGGGAGUCUUCUGAAUCGCCUGUAAUUUUAAAAGUUUGACAAAUAUAGCAUUAGGCUUAACUUGCAGUUUCGGAAGCUGUUACUCUGUUCUGCCUCAAUUUUAGGGCACUGUGAUUAUCAAUGAAAUGAAGUACCUGUGAUUCCCCCGCUCCCCCAAACAAACUUCUGCAUUGAAUGUUGGGCAUGGUUUGUAGGUGUUCAUAGCAGGCACUUCCUUGUUUGAAGUUUCAGAAUGUUUUGCUUUUAAAACACAUGACACUUUGGAAAUAUUUAUAGGACCAGGGUGCUUUGUGUGUAACAUGUAAGAAACAACAUUUUUGCUUCUGUUCAGACAUACCUGCUUUGGCAGGUUGACAUUAUUCAGGAUUUUUAGGCGUAUUUACAAACACACACUCCUUUCUCUUUGGAUUUACUUGGAAUGUAUCUUCAAAAAGGUCAUGAUUUGGUGUGGUUUUUUUAAUGCUUGUUCUGAAGCACUGACUGUGUCAGGACUGAUUCUUGAAAAGCAAUUCCUUCUUGCUACCUUUUGGCUAAAGCUGGAUUAUUUAACGGAAGCUUUCAUUGAACUUUAUUGAGAGUGGAUUUAUUUUUGCAGAUUUAAACUUUGGGAAAGCCAUAUAACCCCUGAGCUAUUUGAGUCAUGGAUGGGGGGGUGUUUUUCUGGUUAUUUAUACAUUUCCUAGAAGUCAGGUAAACAUUACUGACUACCUGUGGGCUUGAAGAAAAAUCAGGUGGGCAAUUCACCCAUUUUAAAACAUUUUCAAAAACAAAUGGUUAAAUUUGUGAAAUCUAUGAAAUUAGAGAGAAGCUCCUUGUGAAAUUCACUGAAAUUACUGACAUCAGGAGGGGUUGCAAGGACAAUUUAGUGAUCAAUUAUGUGGAUAUAAUAUGAGGGGCUAUAGCAUUUUGGCUAUUCUAGAUUUACCACUUUAUAUAUUUAAGGUGUCCAAUCUGCUUUUCACAUAUAUUUUGAAGCAUCAUACUUGCAGAUGUCAACCCAAGACCUGAAAUUUGAAGUGCAUCUAAAGAAGUAAAGCUUUAGAGACUUUUAUUUAAAAAACAGCUGUUGGGAUUGCAUAGCUAUUUUGUUGCAGUGCCCAUGGAGCAGGAAAAUUUGACUGCAGCAUUAUUUUAGUCACAUUACAUUAAUAUUUCCAGUAAAGAAGUUCCCAUGAAAGCAUUCAAGGCAAUAAAAGACACUACUGAGAGAACCGUCUUUGACUAGCGUGCCUUGUUUUUAGCACUAAACUUGAUGUUGUCCUUGGGCAUUAAUCUGCCAAGUAUUGCAGCUUCACGUUCUUUAUUUCAGCAGGGCUUAAAACAUAUGGAGAAUGCCCUUCCCUCAGGUCACCUGGACCACCUAUUUCCCAUUUCCCCUUGCAAUGAAUGAAUACCACCUGCUUCCUAAUACUAUGUUAAUUGUUCAUGAACAAUUAAUGUGUUGCUCAUAUUGUGCCCAGCAUUUGUCCCAGUCUUGACAGCAUUGAGCUUUUUGUUUUGUCUCCCUUUUCCCAACAGAUAGCUGGCAGGAAGGAGGGAGGGAAGAUGCCCACAUUCAAUUUCUCUCUCCUCUCUUCUGGCCAAUGGUAGAGGAAAAUGAAUUUUAAGCCAAUAUCUUUAUUUUUAAAAAGUUACAGCUACUCCCACCUUGUGUAUAUAGACAAGUUGUGGCAUGCUACACUAAUGCUUGCAAGGAUUACUUUUAAUUUUGAAUUGCAGAAGAAAUGCAGUUGCCCCAGCUUAAAGUUUAAAAAUAAGUUGGCAAGGGAUAUUUUUGCAUCUCAAGAUGAGAAACGUUCUCCAGUUUUUAAAUAUGUAACUGUUUAAAAUCCAUUCUUUAUUUCCAUUAGUAUGCUCAAUUUGAUUUUUUAUUUUUAAGGGAAUAAUUUCCAUUACUUUCAUUCUGCAUUUGGUAUACGUACAUGUAAGUCAUGCGUACAGAUUAGACCUCCUGCCCAUCUAUCCCAGGUACACUCCUGACCACAAUGGUGGUGCCUGCACAGAUCCAUUUAACACAUAGUGGGAAGAAAAGUCGGUAGGAAGAAAAGAGGAAGUCUGAGCUGCCACCUAUCCUGGAGAAAAUAGUGGGAGGUUUAGUUUAGCAAUUGCUACUCUGUAAAUGAUGAAUUGCACUGAAAAUGUUUGUUUAUAAAACUGCAAACACAUUCUCCCGCUUUUGUCUUUAAUUUCUAACCUGCCUAUUGCUAGGUCAGGAAUUUAUAUAAAUAUAAUGCACGAGGAUAGAUUCUGAUUAAAAUACACACUAAAGUUUGAGGCCCUUAAAAGCUUUAACUGUAAUAUUAAAUUGUCUUUUAAAGAAAAAAAGAUAGUCACCUAGCUUGUUUACAUUUAACCUGCACUUGUUAUUGGUACCACCUCCAUAACUUAAGCACUGCCUUACAAAGUUGACCAUUUGACACCUCCAUGCGAAAAAGCACUUUUGAAAUUAAUUAUGUUAAAUGUUAAGGUAGAUUUUAACUUAAAGCAAAUAUUUUUUGUGGAGUUACUUAUUUUUCUGGCUGCUCACUUUCCGUUGUAUUGGUUUGAAUUGUGGCUUGUGCACACAUUAGCCCUGCUGGUCGGUAUCCCCAGGCUUUGAUGUGCAGAUGGUUGCCUUUCUAAAGAAGGGCUUCCUUGCUGCUGCUGCUGCUUCAGUGUUGGCGAGAAUGCGACAUGCACACCCCUAACGCUUGUAUGAAGCUGUCAGUUAACACUGAAGUAAACAGGGAUGCUCUGCUGGCGCAAGGCUGCCUGUGCACAUAAUAGCUCUGUGGGCCUUCGGUUGGGGUCGUUGCUUUUCCUCUUGCUGUACCCGAAGGUAGCUGUGUUUACUUUGAAUUACUUUUAAUUAGAAGCAAGAAUGGUAACACUAGACUACCUUUGGCAUAGCACGAUGGCAGUAGAGCAUUAAUCUUGGAUAAAGCCAAUUGCCAAGGGAUAAAUUCUGCAGAAAUAUAAUGUGUCCACAAACCUCUGAUAGUCUUCACCCGCUCCCACAUCCAUUUCCACACAGUAGAAUUGGCUACAUUAUUAUUUUAACUGAUUUGGCUGGAUGCCAGACUUGCAUGACACUAUGAAUAACUUGAGUCCUCUGGCAGGAUGACAUUGACUGGAAGGUAUAGAUACUUUUUUAUUUUAAAGGAAAAAAAUAUUCGAGAUCCUGCUAAGAAAGUAUUUGUUUUACCUUCUGGCUCUGAAAAUGAAACUAACUCUGGAAAGUGCACCUUCCUGAUAGAUUGAGCUUGGUAAAACUUUUAUUUUCACCAAGAUAUAUAAGUAUAAUUGGGUUUGUAGCUGUUGCACCUUGCCUACAAUUUGGGAUGGAUCAUAACAACGUACAGCUGCAACCAUUUAUUUUGCCUUAUGCUACAUUUACUAAUCCAUGGCACGGAUUAAGAGAUGAACCAUGAUUAGAUUAAAAUCUCCACACAAUUGCAUUUGCAGUCACAUCUAUUUUUUUUUUGAAGUGAGUAAUCAUAAAUUAAUGAGCACGUACAUGAGCCACAAACAUGUUUCAUUAGAAUUUUGAUACAAUUUUUGCUUCCAAGGGUUCCAUCCCAAAUCUACAAAGGUUGCAAGAGGCUUCAGAUCACAAACUGUAAUAUUCAGGUAGCUUGUGAUUCUAAAAAACUUAAUAAAAACUUUGUGAUGUAAUCAUGCAAACAGUCAGGUGCCUAGUGUGGUCUUUAAUCUUUCUCCUGUUUACUGUAUUCUGUAUUUUAAUGUUGCAGAUAAAAUGUAGCUGUUCCUGUUUAUGUAGUGUUUUAAUUCUUAAAUUAAUUUGAUAAUGUACUGUAAUGUUGCCUCUCAAAAUACACAUGUGCUUUCGGGUUAAUUGUAAAAUAAAGCAAUAUUUAAAUUUAUGUAAAGCUAACAGUUCUAACACAGAAAAAUUGAUUUUUUAGUAUGAUUUUUAUAGCAUGGAAAAAUUAAACUAUAUAUAUAUAUAUUUCCCCUUUCCCAGUCCACUCUCUGCUGCUGCUGCUAUUGCUGUUCUAUUUUGCCUUACUUAUUUUGCUGUAUCCCUCUUAAUGAUUAUUUACAUACCUGGCACAGUCUACUUGGAAUUUCUGUCAGCCAAACCUCAUUUGAAACAAAACGGGCUUGCAAGAGAGCAUUUCGCUGCUCCAGUUGUGCAUGGUGUGCGCAAAUGCAACUCCAAGUCACUUCAAUGGGGUUUGCGCUGGUGAGCAGUUCCUGGCAGAUUGUGCCCACUGUAUUUUUUUGCCUUAUCCACGUUGCAUGAAAACAUCAGAGGAUAAUAAUAAUAAUAAUAAUAAUAAUAAUAAAUAAGAGGCUUUAGUGAAAUGGAUUUAUUUUUAUAAUAUUUAAUAACUGUCAAUACCCAUCUAUAUUAACUAUAUAAAAAAUCAUAUUUACCUUUUUAGAGAAGUCUGUACAGGUUUGUGGACAUAAAUGUUAAAACUGUAAAUCUGAAUAAAGGUUGUUUUGGAGAAGACAAGUUACUUCCAA